AUGGCGAAGAGCUUGUCCGUCGAAGAGUGUCAGGCACACAUCAGAGACAUUCGCCACAGCCAUGGCGCAGAUGCACGCAACGAGAGCGAGCGCUUUCUUCGCAGAGGCUAUGAGAGCAUGUUGAAGCUUCUGUCUGCACAGCUCUACAGCGAACCGAGUCAUUUCCUCUUCGAGCUCAUCCAGAACGCUGACGACAACACUUACGCCGAUGACGCCCAGCCUGAAGCUACAAUCGCGUACCGCUCCGAUGGUCUCUUGCUGUUUGGAUGCAACGAACAAGGAUUCUCCAAGGCCAACGUCAGUGCCAUCUGCGACAUCAACCAGAGCACAAAGACUCUGUUGAAACAGGGCAAGAAGGGCUGUAUCGGCGAAAAGGGAAUCGGUUUCAAGUCGGUCUUCAAAAUAGCCGACAAAGUUUGGAUUGCCUCCAACAACUUCUCGUUCUAUUUCGACAAGACAACGCCUCUAGGGAUGGUGGACCCAGUCUGGGCCAAGUUCCCUGACUUUCCCGAGCAGCUUCAGAUGAACACCAUGAUUUGUCUGAAAAUUGAGAAGCAAGAGGAUCGUGACGUGGUCAGAGAACAGUUGACCAAGGUCCUCGAGCCCUCAUCAUUCAUGUUCUUGCGUCGUCUCACCAAAGUCAGGGUCGUUAGACUUGACGAUUUCGGUGAUACCUUCGAGGAGCUGACCAUGUCCCACGAUCAUCGACCAUUCGACGAUAGCCUUGAGAUUGUCACCACUACGAGGAGUAAGGGCGUCAAAUCGUGGAAGUCGCGCUACCUCAUCUCCGACUAUGUCGCUCGCGAUAUGCCACCGACCGAGCUUAGGCAAGGUGUCACCGAGACUCUGAUCAAGCUGGCAUUUCCUAUCAACGACCAACAACAACCGAUCAUCGCUAAGCAAUAUGUCUAUGCUUUCCUGCCCGUCUGCUCAUCUGGCCUCCCAUUCCUUAUCCAGGCAGACUUCUUGCUUGUUGCCAGUCGACAAGGCAUCGAUGAGUCUCAGCCAUGGAACCGUCGCCUCCAAGAUCACAUGGUUCACGCACUUAUUCAAGCCUUCGAGAGACUCAACAAGACUCGCUUGAAGUAUACCUGGCCCGCAUAUCUCCCCGAAAAACAGGUCGCUCUCAGGUUCUUCGACAAAUUGAAAGACAAGUUCUUGGACCGCGUCAAGAAUACGAAGAUUAUGGAGUCCCGCUCCGGUGAGCUUGCCAAGCCCAAGGUGAUGAUGCUGGUACCUGAACAGUACAAAGACGAAGAUGGUACCCCCUUGUUGACCCCUGUCAACGACCGAUAUCUAUCUACCAAGUACGACACGAGUCAUGUUGCUGCACUUGUAACGCAAGCUUUGGAUGACAAGAAGUUCUUCGAAAUGCUCAAGACCUUCGUCUCGAAACAGGCCGAAGAGUUUCGCAAAAAGUCUGACACAUGGCACGGCAAGGUCUCCACUGUUCUUAUGAUCGGGCAGAAACAUAUCAAUCUCAAUGAGCUGUUGAUUAUGCCUAUCGUCCCACUUGACGAUGGCUCAUGGAUCAGUGCCAUGAGCCGCCACAAGCCUUCUUACCCCAAGGUGGCCAAUAGAUCAUUGCCGCCUGUAUCCUUCUAUCUGCCACGUUCUGAUGCAAACAUUGUCAUUCCAAAGGGUGUGUCGUUGUCGAUCGUUGAGCACCAAGCUUCUCGCAAUGAAGAGCGCAGGAACUUCUUCCGCCGUAUCGGUGCUCAGGACCUCGACUACGAGGAUGUACUUCGAGGCAUAAUCAAACAGCACAAGGAUUCAAUAGCCCAUGCUGACGUCGAUAUGUUGCUCUCUCACGCCCAAUACGUUUUCAGCAUGCCGUCAGUAUCGAGGAUGGCGCAGAAUCUGAGCACAAUACUCUGGUUGGCAGAUUCGCGCGGCGAGCAUUCUCGUGGAAUCGAGCUCCACAUGGAUAAUCCGUUCAAGUCCGCAGUCAGUCAGAUGUUCUCAGCUAAUCCCACCCAGGAUGAUGAAGUCCCGACUCGAGUAUACGUAAUCAUGCGCGUAUCAAACUUGGCUGGGAAUGGCAGUGGUGGCCAUGCUCAAGUUCAUCCCUUCGUCGAUCCAUACGGACUGUUUGAGCAGGGCGAUUUGAGCUACAUUUCACAGGGAGGAUAUCUGGUGUUCUCUGAUCAAAAGUCUGCCUAG